AACGGCCAGAAGACCAUCCGCAUCGGGAAGAAUACGUGACAGGUUAGAGGAAGCAGCUGAGCUCACUCACUGGCAGAAGCAAAGGCGAAGCGACUUGGAAUAUAACAGCUGUCAUCAUGGCAAAAGUAUUUAAGAAGACCAGCGGGAAUGGAACAAUCGCCCUGUAUUUGGGAAAGAGAGACUUUGUUGACUGUGUGGAUUCCGUGGAAGUGGUUGAUGGAGUGGUCAAAGUGGAUCCUGCUGGUCUUAAUGGCAAAAAAGUGUUUGUCUAUCUUGCCUGUGCCUUCCGCUAUGGAAGCGAUGACUUGGAUGUCAUUGGACUCAACUUCAGGAGAGACAUAUGGAUAAAACGAGUUCAGGUGUAUCCUGUCACUACUGGGAAAGCACCUUCAACUCCACUGCAGGAAUCUCUUCUGAAAAAAGUUGGCGAGCAAGGUUGUCCCUUUUCCUUCCAGAUGCCGCUCAAUCUCCCGUGCUCAGUCUCCUUACAACCUGGGUCAGGAGAUUCUGGCAAGGCUUGCGGUGUGGACUUUGAGGUCAAGGCAUAUAUUGCCAACGAACUUGACAAUCCAGAUGAAGUCAUUGAAAAAAAGAACACCUGCCGUCUGAUCAUUCGUAAAAUACAAUUUGCACCAGCUAGCAACAAGGCUGGACCCAAGGCAGAGAUCUCAAAGCAGUUCAUGAUGACCGACAAGCCGGUCAAUGUUGAGAUCUCUCUUGAAAAAGAGAUUUAUUACCAUGGUGAUCCUAUAACAGUUAACGUUAAAAUCAACAAUGAAACCACCAAAACUGUAAAGAAGAUCAAAGUCUCUGUUGAUCAGCAAACAAGUGUUGUCCUGUACUCAUCCGACACUUACACCAAGGAAGUCUGUGCUCAGGAAUUUGGAGAGACUGUUGGUGCCAACUCUACAUUUGAGAAGUCCUUCCAAGUAAUGCCCCUGCUGGCCAACAACAAAGAGAAAAAAGGCCUGGCCGUAGAUGGACGGCUAAAAGAUGAGGAUACCAACUUGGCAUCCACAACUCUGGGUCAAGGCGAACGAGAGAUGCAAGGAAUCCUCAUUUCCUAUAAAGUCAAAGUUGCUGUGACGGUGUCUGGAGGAGGAAUGCUUGGUGGUCUCACAGGAAGUGACGUUGUUGUGGAGGUUCCGCUAACUCUGAUGUCCCCAAAACCUGCAGGUAAGCUGUUUUAUGCACAAAGAUUCAUUCAAAUGUCUCCAAAUCGAUUUGUAUUUUCAUUUAUCAUUAAUGUCUUUUAAUCUUUUCUGCAUUCCGUUUGUGUAUG